AGGCCUAAUCCAGGAAGUAGAAAAACAUCAACAACCCUUCCAGGGUCCAGGUUAGGGCGAAGUGUUCGAGUAGCUUAGCAGAGACGUAGCGUUAUUUUUUUUUAGGGUAUCUCGCAUUUGUUUCCUUUAUAAUAAGCGCCGUGCAGUAAUCCCAGACAUGUCGGUGUUUGGCAAGAUAUUUGGAGGAGGGGGAAAAUCGGGAAAGGGACCGAGCCCGCAGGAGGCGAUCCAGAAACUCCGGGAGACGGAGGAGAUGCUAACCAAGAAACAGGAAUUUUUAGAGAAGAAGAUCGAGCAGGAGCUGCAGACCGCGAAGAAAAACGGCACAAAGAACAAAAGAGCUGCACUGCAAGCUUUGAAAAGAAAGAAGCGAUACGAGAAGCAGCUCGAGCAGAUUGAUGGGACACUGUCCACCAUCGAAUUCCAGAGGGAGGCUCUGGAGAACGCCAAUACCAACACUGAAGUGCUCAAGAACAUGGGAUUCGCUGCCAAGGCCAUGAAGUCUGCUCAUGAAAACAUGGACAUUGACAAAGUGGACGAACUGAUGCAGGACAUUACAGAGCAGCAGGAACUGGCCCAGGAAAUCUCCGAUGCCAUCUCUAAACCUGUGGGCUUUGGAGAAGAGUUUGAUGAGGAUGAGCUGCUGGCUGAGCUGGACGAGCUGGAACAGGAAGAGCUGGACAAAAAUCUGCUGGAGAUCGGGGGACCAGAGACCACCCCUCUCCCCAACGUGCCUUCUACUUCAUUACCUUCCAGACCCGCCAAGAAAGAGGAGGAUGAGGACGACAUGGAGGACCUGCAGCGCUGGGCGAUGGAAGCCAUGUAAAUCACACCUGCAUCGGAGACGGAAGGAACGAGGGAAACGAAUGGACUGAUGAGAUGUUUUGUUUGAAUGUUUCUGUGUGACUGAGAAGAGUGGACUGUCUACUUCAUGUGUAACACUACGACAAAAAAAAGCAACAAUGCUGUAGUCUUUCUUUUCCUCUCCCCUUAAAAGACCCCCAAGGUGCUCAGCACAAAUGAGCCUGUCAGGGUCUCUCAUACUGAAUCUCUGACAAAGUCACCUAAUAUUUUUACCCUCAAUUUUAAUGCAGCACUUUGCGGUCCUUGUACUGGGCCAUGCUGGUGGCCACAGAUUUCAUAUUGCAGGGUGGUAUUAUGAGCUGGAUGGUGCAAUAAUGCAGUUAUUGCCCAAGUUGUUGGCAUUGUUCACAUCACUAGAUGACAGAGAAUUUUCAAGGAUGCUUAAUGCUCAAAAAUUGAGUUCUUUUGUGAGUUCUUUCUUAUUUGUGGCAUUUUCUUUGUGUUGUUUUGACAAAAAAUUAACCCAUGGCUCCCUUGUCUUGUUAACUGCUCUGGCAAUGAAGCCACAGCUGAGCAUGUGCUGACUGAAGACACUUCGAGGCGUGUGUUUGCCAGAAUCCAAACCUCUUCUUUCGUUUCAGGUUGCGUGCUUUGACCUCCCACCCCUCGCUCCUUCUUUGCCUCCUGUCGUCGUUUCAGUGACUUCUCCCUCCCUCAAAGCUUUCCCCACCAGUGGUUCUUGUUCUUUGGUGUAAAUAUCCCAGCUGUGUGUGUGGUUUCUUUCGUUUUGUUUUUUGUACACUGCAUUACUGCUGCCACUGAGAGCUUCAGUUGAGGCUGUGUGAAGCAUGCAACAGUGGGGAAGUCACGACACAGGUGACACACCGCACAGCUAGAAAGAGAGAUGUUUAACCUACCACUUUCAUCCUGCUCCGGCUCUUUUGAUCCUUCUCAUCAGAGUUUUCAUUUCAAAUUGUAUGUUUUUAAAAAAAAAUAGUAAUGAUAAACUAUUGUCACACCUUAUUAACUGCAUCCAGAGGGAGGUGGUGGUUAAUAAAAGAUUAGAUUAUAGCCAAUCUACAACACAUACAUUUCAGAGUUUAAAAGAGUUGAAUUUCUUUAGUUUUGCAACAUCAUGAUGUACAUUUUUUGCAUAGAAAAGAGAACAUAACACAAGGACAAAUGGAUAAGCAUGUUUGCAUUUCUAUGUUUUAUUUAUCCAGAUGAGAAUAUUAUUUGCGAAUCAUUAAACUGUUUUCAAUUCUUU